AUGAUGAAAUUAUACAUCUAUCUUAUAGUUUUACUACAGAUCGAAGUAGUUUUUGGCAUUCGUUGUUAUUCAUGUGUUGGUAAAAUAGGUAAUAAAAAACAACCUGAAGAUCCAUGUUUAAAUCCAGGAAAAAAUGUUGGUGAUGGCAAUGUAACUGAAAUCGAUUGUUCAAGUACAAAACUUUGUUGGAAAGCCAUCAGUGGUGGACAAUUAAAACGUGGUUGUGGAGAAAAACGAUGUGCUUUUAUACCUGAUAUAAGUAUAGGUUCACUUAUUAGUCAAACAUGUUGUACAAAUGAUUUAUAUUUUCAUAAUUCAUCAAUUAUGUCGCGUCGUUCUUUAAGUGAAGAAAGUCUAGUGCGAUUUGAGCAAUAUUUAAAUACGAAUCCAUAUCGAGAAUAUUCAAUGAGUAAACCAUAUUUCCCAAAAACAUCUCAAAUGUCAACACAUUCAAAUCGUCUCAUCCCUCAACAACAAUCAUCUAUGCUUGCAUUUCAUGAAUUAAUGGAUAAUUCAAAAAAUUCUUUAACUCUCGAUCGUAUUGCUUAUAAACUUCGUAUGAAAUCGGAUUUAAAUAUUGAUACAUUACGAGAAACUGAUGUACGUCGUCGACAUUAUCAUCGUCAUCAACAAUUUCCUUCGAAACAAAGUCCAUUGAAUUUAGAAGUAAGCGAUAUAACAAGUUCAAUCCUACCAUCAACAUUAACUAAAACAUUUACAAGACAACCACCAGCGAUAACAAUAUCAGCAGAUGCAAUGAAAAUAUUAAUGAAUGAUGAUUUAAAUGGCAUUGAAGGUAAUGCUGUACGUGUUGGAACAAUUGAUGAACUUAUAAAACGAUUUCGUCAAACAGAACAUCAACUUAUUCGUCGUCCAACUGAUUAUAUAGGCAGUCCAUCGCCAAGUGAAUCAAAUAAUAUUUCGAGAAAUGGUCGACCUGUACUACCAAAAUCUCGUCAGCAACAUCAAGAACCUCAAAUAAAACAACCACAAGGUUUAACUGAAUAUUCUUUUAAAGCCCCAACAUUUCCAAGUAUAUCAACACGAAUACCGCGAGAAGCAAAAAAUUCUCAAAAAUUUAACUAUCCAAAUAGAAUACGAGAACGAUAUAAUACUGCUGUUCAUAAUACUAGUACGAAUAAUGCUGAUAUAUCUUUAUUACAUCAAUGUCCUCUUAAUUCACCUGAACAACAUCAUCAAAGAUUAAAUUCAUUUAUUAGUCGAGAUCAACCAACCAUAGAACUAAGUUCACAUGAUAAACGUAUACAAGAGUCACGUGAAAAAAGUUUAAUGCGUUUUGAAAAACAAUUAUGUACUUUUAAUAAAUUAACUAUUGGUGAUCCAUUUAAUUAUGAUCAAAUGGAUCCCACUAUAUAUCAAUUUCAACAACCACUACCAAUCACAAGUUAUAUAUUUCCACCUGUACGUCCAUUCGGUUAUUUUACAAGAAAACCACAAUCAACAAGUGAUAUACAACAAUCAUCAGAUAUUACACCAUUGUCACCACAUACCAACAAAAAUUAUAGAAUUAACAAAAAGAAAUCUUCUAUCGUUUCAAGAACUACAUUAGAUUCAUUGGAUAAAAAUGAAAAAAAUGAUAAUUUACAUAUAAAAAAUACUCGAAUGAAAUCAUUAGAUAGUUUAUCUGAUAACGGUGAUGGAGUGCAUAAUACAACAAUUGAUGUUGAUUUAAAUGCAGCUGGUACAUUUAUACCACAUACAGAUGAAGAUGAUGAACCCGAAUGA